AUGGACAAAAAGCAACAUUCAAAAUCAACUGCUAGUGGAUCAUCUUCUCCUUCCACAAUAAAUAAACCAAAAGAAUCGUCAUCAACAACAGCAGCAGCAUCACUACCAACAACAACGACAAGCAGAAAUGCAGUACUUCCUCAAACUGCUCGUCGGAUUCUUCAAAAUUUCCUUUUGGUAUGGCUCGAUGCCAAUUUGCAAGAAUCCGAUAACGAUUUUAAGAAUUCGUUGCAACAUCUUCGAAAAAUUGUGGCAUCCAUCACAACGUUUACGGAUGCCCAACAAUGUGUUAAUUUCCUAAGUGAAAUCAAAAAAGAAAAGGUAUUUAUGAUUGUAUCCGGUUCGUUGGGUCGUCAAAUAGUGCCAGAAAUCGAAGCAUUGCCACAACUGGAAGCAAUUUAUGUGUUUUGUGGCAACCAAUCGGUUCAUGAAGAAUGGGCUAUAAAAAUAAGCAAGGUUAAGGGUGUAUAUACUAAAAUAGAACCAAUUUGUCAAGCACUUGAAAUCGAUCGACAACGAUGUGAUCAAGCUAUGAUCCCGGUCAGCUUUAAUGGGCUUGAUCCAUUAUUUAUGUAUACACAACUUUUAAAAGAAGCACUUUUGGAAAUUGAAGACGACGAUGUCAAAUCGAUUAAAGAUCUCGUAGAGUACUGUCGUCUACAAGAUGAUGUUGAUGAAUGUCAAAUUAGGAAGGUCGAAAAUGAAUAUCGUGAUCAUACGCCAAUAUGGUGGUAUACAGCGGAGACAUUUAUUUAUCCCAUGCUCAAUCAUGGACUCCGACAAAUGGAUGUCGAUAUUAUCCUGAAGAUGGGUUUCUUCAUUCGCCAUUUACAUAAUCAUAUUACCGAACUACAUUGCGAACAAAAAGCCAGCAUGCCAGCAAAAUUUCAAGUCUUCCGUGGACAAGGUUUGUCCAUGGAAGAUUUUGAAAAAAUGAAAAACACCAAAGGAGGACUUAUGUCCUUUAAUAAUUUCUUAUCAACAAGUCGCAAUCGUCAGAUAUCUUUCAAAAAAUUUGCACGACCAGCAGCAUUUAAUACAAAUUCAGUUGGCAUCCUUUUCAUGAUGAACAUUGACACGGCUAUUUGUACAAAAUCAUCAACACCAUUUGCCGAAGUAAGCAAAGUUGGCUACUACAAAGAUAAAGAGGAAGAAAUACUGUUUUCAACACAUACAAUUUUUCGUAUCGAUCGCAUCGAAAGAAUUGAAGACAACCAUACUGAUCGCUUAUGGCAAGUUAAUCUCACUCUCGUCGGUAAUCAGGAUGAUGACUUUAACAAGCUCACAUCAGCGCUGCGAAAAAAAUUCACUUGGGUAACAGGAUGGGCUCGCUUUGGUGAUAUACUCAUUGAACUCGGAGAGUCUAGAAAAGCAGAACAUCUCUGUAAGAUACUCCUUGAAAAAGCCACUUCUGAUAAACAACGAGCGGAUUAUAAUCAUCAGCUUGGUUUGGUAUAUGGUGCCCUGGGUGAAUACUCUAAAGCGCUUCUAUAUUACGAAAGAGCACUGAAUAUCAACGAGAAAAUGCUCCCUCCGAAUCAUCCCAACUUGGCUGCUUCCUACAACAACAUCGGUGCGGUGUAUUAUAAGAUCGACGAGUACUCGAAAGCACUUUCAUCGUAUGAACGAUCGCUUGAAAUCAAGAAAAUAGCUCUCCCUCGGAAUCAUUCCGACUUGGCUACUUCCUACAACAACAUCGGCUUGGUGUAUUAUAACAUGGGCGAGUACUCAAAAGCACUUUCAUCGUAUGAACGAUCACUUGAAAUCCAGAAAAUAGCUCUCCCUCCAAAUCAUCCCGACUUGGCUCAAUCCUACAACAACAUCGGGUUGGUGUAUAAUAACAUGGGCGAGUACUCGGAAGCACUUUCAUCGUACGAACGAUCACUUGAAAUCCGUAAAAUAGCUCUCCCUCCGAAUCAUCCCGGCUUCGCUCAAUCUUACAACAACAUCGGGUUGGUGUAUAAAAACAUGGGCGAGUACUGGAAAGCACUUUCAUAUUAUGAAAAAGAUCUUGAGAUUACCAAGAAAGUUCUCCCUCCGAAUCAUCCCGACUUGGCUCAAUCCUACAACAACAUCGGUAAUGUGUAUAAAGACAUGGGCGAAUACUCGAAAGCACUUUCAUAUUAUGAAAAAGAUCUUGAGAUUACCAAGAAAGUUCUCCCUCCGAAUCAUCCCGACUUGGCUCAAUCCUACAACAACAUCGGUAAUGUGUACAGUAACAUGGGCGAGUACCCGAAAGCACUUUCAUCGUACGAACGAUCACUUGAAAUCAAGAAAAUAGC